UAUUUUGCGGACAAAUUAUUCGCAAGGCCAUGUGUUAUCGCGGCUAUUCACUCAAGUCACACAAAACGACUCUUCUUCGUUAAACCGAGCUCUAUAUCAUUGUAUGGUGACUUCGACUUGGAAAUAUUGAUACUUUUGAAAGAAAAGUGGGCCAUUUACGUCUUGCAGUUCUUUGGUUGGCUGUUUACUGGGCAUUUAUUUGGAUUCACGCAGAACACAGACUUACUCAAUAAGACUCUCUUUACGCCUUCGUAUAUAUGAUAUAUAAGAAUUCAAGACCRCAAAAAUAACCUUCACAAAGAGAAAGGAUCCUACAAUAAAAAAACAAAAGUGAUGGAUCUAUUGCGAAAUAAAGGAGCAAGAAUUAACCAUUAAUGUUAGAAUCGAAUUAGCUUUCAAUUCAAAAUACGKCUUUGCGAUGUCGAGACCCAGCAGCGUAACAGAACGAGAACUUAUUCAAGAACAGUUAAUACAGGCCAAAAAGACACUAGCUAGGCUUAGGCAAAUAAGUGAUUCUCCUGUCAAUGGAGAGCCAAACAACGACUGGAGAGAUGGUAUUAAUGGCGAAACACGUAGCAGUUCGCGUGSGGAAGGAAGGAGGUCUACAGACAGUUACCAACGUUUCUCAACAGCCGCUAGAGAUAAUCUAGUACAUGCCUUGGGCUACCAAGUAUCUAAACUUGAAGACGAUUUAAAGUCUUCGCUGCUCUCUUACUUCGAGCAAGUCGAGAGACAAAAAGAAGAUUUAAUCAACAGCUUUAAUGUAAUGCAAAAACAGUUGCUAAAUCAUCAACAAACAUGUCAGGACCAAACGCUUGAAGCUGCACAAAAAGAUGCCAUCAUUCGAGAUUUAAAGGAAGAAAAACAACAAUUAGAAACCGAAGUGGAACGACUAUCAUCGGAGCGGAAUCUUUUCGACGGUCUCGACGUGUCUUUGGACUCGUUAAAUUCAGAGAGUCUAAGUUGCACGCCAAGUAAUUCGGGAUAYGCAAGUGAUAAAUCUGAGCUGAGCGAAAGACUUAUGCAAGAAAAUGCCAAACUUCGAGAACUGUUAGGCAAUCACGAUGAUACAAAUCGCUCAAGACUGGAAAGAAAGGUCGAUCUACAGAACAAAUUAUGCCAYAGCUAUGACAAAGACCUCGCAUCUAAAGAUCUUCUUAUUAAAAGAUUAAAAGCAGAGAAUAAAGGAUUGCAAUACGAUGUACAAUGCAUGCAGGAUGAAGUCCUCCGCGUGAACGSUAGUCGCUUGAACGCAGAGCAAGAUAAAACAAAGCUGCAACAGGAAAACCAAUUUAAAGAGAAACAACUUCUUGCUUUGAAGGAGCAAUUGUCCGAUGCACUGGAUGACAGAGAAGAAAUCCAAAGAUACCAGCGUCCGCCRAGCUCAAGCAAUGGAGACGUACAUUUUGGAAGUGUUGAUGGAGAUUUAAUAGAACUCAAAAACAGAUGUGACAAUUACAAGAAGAAAUUACACGAGAAAGAAAAAUCAAUUAUUGAUAUGAAGAGGGAUCAGCAAGAUAUGCAGAGAGGGUUAGAUUCUWUUAAAAGAGAACUUGCGGAAGCUAAACAUGAAACACAACGCAUGAAAAAAGAGAACGAAAGACUUCAAAGAGAAAAUGCCGAUAAUGAURUACAAAGACUUUCCACGGAAAGCUCAACAAAGGCCAGUAAUUCCAGGAUUAAUCAAUUAAAAGAUAAACUUUCAAAUGCAGAGUUCGAGAUAAAAGAACUGAAGCGCAAAUGUGAAGAAGCUGARGAACGAGAGGCUGCUCUCAGCCAAGAAGUGCURUCAAAUCUCGAAAAAUACACACAAACRGAACAAGAACUUUACUCAACUAAGAAAGAACUCGCCCACCUUCGCGGAUACACYGAAUCGAAUGAUAGACACAARGAUGAAAUGCAGAGAGAGCUGYUCUCUUCAAGAGAAAAUACAGCUCGCUUAGAGAAGCAACUUCGAGCUAAAAACUAUCUURAYAGCAACAACGAGAAAUUAGAWGAGUUAGAAAGCGAGAACAGGCAACUUAAAGAAGACAUUGCGCAGUUAGAUGAUGCAUUAAACAUGAGUAAAUCUGAGAUUAAUCAACUUGAGAGUGACAUGGAAAGUUUGCGAGAACAAUGCUCUAUUCAAAAUGUACGUUUAGACGGCCAGGAAACAAUGAUCACRAGAAAAGACGAGAGAAUUAARGAGCUCCAGGACGAGCUUGUAGAGCUGCACAAUCAAAAUGACGCWCUUAUGGACGAACUUCUUCAGAAUAAUCGCCAUUAUGAAAAUUUGAAGAUGAGCAAACGCUUAGCAGACCAAGAAGCGGAAUUGCUUAAGACUGGAAAGGURCCAAUUAGAGGAUCGCACUCACACAGAGAUKCUGCGAUGACUCCAGACAGCGGUUACUCUGAAAAUCAUCGUUUUAAUAGGCCCAGUAACAACUUUGAAAACUUACCGCAAAAGAAUCAGGGUAAAACUGCCGGAGAAGCGGAAACAGAWGAUAAUUUGCAAAACGAACUGUAUAACUUGCGCAAAGACAAUGCCCAAUUGAAACAGCAGAAUGUAACGCUAACAGCAUCAUUAAAUGAGAWGCAGAAGGCUCUGCAAGAGUUGAAAGAUCAAGCGCCGCAAGAUAACGACAAAGAAAAAAUCAYGCUGAAGGAAUUUAAGGACAAAGAGAAUGACUUGUAUAUGAAAAUAGAAGGCUUGAAGAAGCAGCUGUUUGAAGUCGGCGACGAAAAUACAGAACUGAGAAAUAAAACUCAGGAGCUAGAGGAAGCACUGCAACAAAAAGACAAUGAACAAAAAGCUGSUGUUGUAUCUUCACRACCUUUGACUUUCAACKAUCAACUUGAAGCUCUCGAGUCAGCUCCCGAGAUGGAUCUGUUUGGGGAAUUUGAUGCAGAAAAUAACACUCMSGCCGAYCCAAAAGUUAACUUACUUAACUUCGRAGGUUCAACACCUGRUCAYCAACAASCUGUAGUUAAAAUUMCUGCAAAUAAACAACMUGAAACGGAGGGUCAGCUCAUUGAUUUUGGUGAAACACUUUUGGAAAGUACAGAAUCUGAUAUGCAAUACACGCCAAGCAAUACUGGYGAUGACAAGGACGAGGAACUAGAAUUUACGAAAAAAGAAAUCGAAACUUACGAGGCACAGAUUCAAGAAAUUUGUGCAGAAAAACAAGAAAUGGAAGCUGARAUWAAAGAACUGCGUGAUAUGCUUAACCAGGCUAAACAUGAAAGCCAAGUCGCAAAACAGGAUAAAGAUGGAAUGGAAAUGCAGCUUGGUGAAGCAACCAAAUCCAAAGAUGACAGACUUGCUAAUGUGGAAAAGGAGCUGAACUCUUCGAAACGAAAGUGCCAAGAGUUGAACACUCAACUGGAUGAGAUGAAGAGAAUACUAGAUGACAAAGAUAAAGCAUUAGGUACAUUGCAAAYCAGGUUGGAAAACCAAGCUGAAGAGUACAAAAACAAAUACAAAGAAAUGCAAGACAUGACAGAGAGGGCAAAAGAAGAUGUACACGAUUUUGAAGUUACAAAGGCAAAACUUAUCGACUUAGAGCAUGAAAUUGAAGAAUCGCAGGGUGAAAAAAUGGAUUCYAUCAAUAAAUUUAGAGAGCUUCAAAGGGAAAAGCGAAACUUAGAAGAAGACAUAGAUCUGCUUCAAAAAGAGAAAAAUAAAAUGGAAAAGAAAGCGAAAGAGUUUGAGCGGGAGAAAGAGGAGAUUGCUGAAGAAUAUGAAGAGGCUAAAAGGAACAUCAAAGAUUUGAAGAUUGAACAACGAAAGCUACAAGAGGAAAAGGACGAUCUGGACUAYGAUCUGAAUGAGCUUUUGAAGCAGAAAAAUCGAGAAAUUAAAAARCUGAUUGAAGAUCUUGAGAUUUCUGAAAAYAAUUACGAAGAAUUAAAGACCACUUCGGAUAGUUCUGCUGUUGUAAGUUCCGAUUUGAAGAACGACUUAGYCAAAGYCAGGAAAGAAUGUACAGACUUAGCAAAUAAAAACGAGAAACUUUACGAAAUGAAGAAAGAGUUGGUGAAAGACCUUGAGAGUAAAGAAAAACUUAUUGAUAGUUUAAAGAAUAAAGAGGAAGACUUGAAAAACGGCAUUAAUAGCAGAGAGAAAGCAAUCGAGAAAUUGCGUGAAAAGACWGAAAAUUUGCAGAAGGAAAAUAUAGCUUUACAAGAAGAGAAAGACGAGCUKAAAAAGACAAUAGAUACRACGAACGACGAGCAAAAAGCARCCGGUACAUACGCUGAAAAGCUAAAGGAUGAUCUAGAAAAGGCGCAGAGCCAACUUCAAGAGAGCCAGGAAAAGCUUUCACAUCUAGAGGACACCAYUGUUAAAAGCGAAGCUGAAAAYGACGUUCUAAAAGAUAAGUUGUCAAAGAUAGAGAAAAGRUUUACAGACUUACAGAAACGUGACGAUAUGGCACAGACAGGGCUCAUUGAAGCUGAAAAGAGAGCUAAAGCGGCCGAGAAAAAAGUGAAAGAGCUGACAGUUUCAUUGAACAAAAGCAAUGACGAUCUUAAUUAUGUGCAAAACAAACUCRCAAAAGCUGAAAACAAGAUUGCUUCUUUGGAGGAARCACARUCUGAAAGUGAAGAACAGCAAAAAAURUUGCAAAGGAAAUUACAGGACGCAACCAAUGAACUGAAUGAUUUAUCGCUUCAAACCAAGGAUCAAGAAGACAGACAGAAAAAUGUUGAUAAAAGGAUAACAGACCUUCGACUUUAUAAUGAAGAGAUAGAAGCAGAACGAGACGACUUGGAGUUCACCGUCAAAGAGCUUAARAAGAAACAGGAAAAACAAAAAAAGAAAGUGCAAGCGUUGGAAGACGAAUUAUUGGAGAARGAGAAAGAGAAAGAUGCUGUGCAGCAAGAGCUGGAUCUYUUAAAGAGGAAUGCGUCCGACAACGAAAGCGAACAGAAUGCGUUCUUAACUGAAAAAGAAAAGCUCAAGAAGGAGAUGCUACAAGCUUCAAAGAAKGUCAUGGAUCUGGAGGCAGAAAACGACGCRCAAAAGGAAAACAUCGAGGAGCUCGAAAAGCUGUUGGACCAAAAGCGAGCAACUGUGCUGGAUUUGGAAGACAAUAUAAAGGAAACUUCAGAAACAGUUGUGACUCUUCAAGUGCAACAUGACGAGGAUAAACGUCUSAUAACAACACUACAAGAGGACAACGCUAACUUGGAAAAAAUGUUAGAAAAACAAAGACAGCUUAGUGAAGGCUACAAGGGUAGCUUAGCUCAAAAGGAUGCCGAGAUCUCAAAGCUGGCAUUUAGCCGGGAUGAUGCUGAGGACGCCCUGCAGCUGCUGAAGAAAGAUUUGGCGAGAAGAGAGGGAGUCAACAAAGCUAAUCAACAAGAACUGGAUGAGGUAGAAAAGCAAUUGUCAGACAGUAACAAAAGGCUCCAAGAAACAAAGGCUGCGAACGARCAACUUUCACAAGAAAACGAAAAACUUCAAAGAGAACUCGACAACGCAAAAAAGAGGCUGAUUGAGGUAGACAGCGGUAUACAACCUGAGAGUUUUGUCAGCGUUUUAGAGUUGGAGCCAUUGAGCUCAAGAAAAAGCAGCUCGUCAUCUGUUUUAAGCCUUAAUGUAGCAGAUAAUCGAAUAAAAACGCUCGACGAAAAACUAAGUAAAGCACAAAACAAAGUAACGGAUUUAGAAAAUGAGUUAUCCAAAGAAAUACGAAARCACGAAAUAGACUGCAUCAAAACAAGACCUUCUCUCYCAUACUCGUAUGGAAAAAGAUCGGGAUUUUACGACGUCAGUGGUGCAUCAUUUAAUACUAAAUAUGGACAAAAAAAGUCAGAAUCAAGUGACUCUGAAAUGAGUAGCAACACUGACGACAAAUCCCAUGAUUCACACAAAACGAAGAAGUCAAUGGACUCAAAUAGCCGAGAGAAUCUGGACAGAGAGGAUAAGGAAUCCAAAGGUAACCCAAAGAGCACAAUUGCAUCCAGUUCAACACUGUCACAGAGUCCAGCCAUUUCAGUCACUUCCUAUGAUUUACUAGAAAAACAGGAAAUUCAAAAAGACAAACAGAGCAAUACGUUUGAUUCUUUACAGAUACAGCUUAACGAUCCCGACGAUAGCUUCUCGGAGGCGUCCAGCAGAGAUGACGACGAGGUUUUUGAAUACAGCGUGGGCAACCUCAAUGAUCUGUUAUCUGAAAUGAAUGAAGCUGAGAAGCAGGAUCCAAUCUUACAAAAGUAUCUCAACCUURAUCCUGAAGGAACGAGCUCACCACGUGAUGAUGACACGUUCGAUUCCAUCGAACCGACGUACCUCCAAAGGCGRCAGCGAAUGUCCGUGGAACCGUUUGAUACAUCAGCAUCUGAUAUCACCACGGUAACUGAAAUUCAAGAGCCAGUUCAAAAUAAAAUCCAGGCUUUAGUUAACCUCGAACCACAAACGCCUUCAAAGCUGAUGUCACAUCCGGAAGAACCGAACAUAUACGAAAAUGACCAACCCAGUGACGUCAUAGAUCCAUUCUCGACCCCAUUUGAUAUACCGAACUGGGAGGAUGAAUUCAGCUCGAGCUUUGACUCAACGAAGGAUUUAUUAGAAAUUGRUGACACCAACCAGUCAAUCAGCCYACUUUUAAUAUCUAUCAAUGACAAAGAACAAACAGCCAAUAAAAACAGCGUAACAGAAAAUAGAAAUCUCCCAUACCAAAGAGAGCGUGACAGCGACAGARGUAACACAAGAAGACAUAAAAUAGAUGAUAACGCAACUGAGCGUGAGAUUAAGGAAAAUAACGCACGAGGGGAUGGCAAAGAUGCUGCUUCCUUCAAAGACAUUGCUAACCCUAAAGAUACUAUUGACGGAAAACCACAUCCAAAACCACUCCCUCGCAAAGACAUGAAUCGUGAGAAGCCAGUCAGCGACCGAGYGGAAAAUCAGCCGCCAGAGGAGGAGACAAUAGUGUUUCGAAAACCAAGUGAAAUCAUCAAACAACUUGAAGGGGCUUCGUUUACUCACGGGAAACCAGGCAUGAAGCCACCACGCCCAAUAAAGAGGGACGGUCCUAAUUUAAUAGACGACAGCAUCGUUAGUAUCGACAUGCCACAGCCGAAGCAACGAGGUGUUCCCUCUCAACAACACGACGAGGCUAAACCUGUCCCAAAGAAGAGACUAGUGGAUAUCGAGCCCACAGAUGCAACAACAGAUGAAUCUUCGCCUUUACCAAAACAGAUACUUAUGGAUUUGGAGACGACGGACGAAACUGGGGCAAGCGACGAAGACAGAAUGACUGCGAUAGGAAGACAAAGAGUUUUGAAUCUUAUUGCAGCUUUUGAAGGCAAAGAAGUCUAAUUGCUGCUUUAUAAUAGCAAAUUAUGCAUAAAUUAUUAUAUAGAAAUGUAUAGAAUAUUUAGGGAAAAACCUGAAGACUUUUUUUCCAUCACUCGGAGGAGAAGCUGUGCACGCCGGUAUAUUUGUCCUAGGUACACGAGAAAGUAUAAUUUCUAGAAAAUGCUGCUUGCCAACAAGAAAGAUGUAUUUAAAAUAUUCGAAUACUGAUAUAUCAAAUGUGAACAAGUUAAGUUAUAAGUCGUAUCUUCAAAUGCCUAUACACAUUAAUGCGACCGGUUGUAUCAGCGUCGGACAGUUAUCCUCUCCAUAGACUUUGUAUGGAAUUGAUCGAUGGAUAAGCGGUGUUCAACCUCGCAGUAAGUCAUGAAGACAUCAUUGACUUUUCAGUCGCGACAGAUCAUAUGAUAUUUCAUUCAAUUUUGAGUUAAGUUUAAUUGAUAGAUUAAGAGCAUGCUCAMAAGAAAAACGUGGACAAAUGACCACGGAAAACUUCAUAUAGCUGAAGAACAAAAUAAUUAAUAGCCGUKAUAGAAAUACGCGUGUAUUUUGUUAGAAGCUUUCGCUUUUAUUUAAUUCCCGCUGGGACCCAUUUUACUUCACUCCCUACU